CCCCCCCCCCCCCCAAACCUGGCCACAAUGCAGCACCUCGGCGUCCUCUUCGUGGUUCUCCUCGUCGCGCCGCCGCUCGCCGUCGCGUGGCGCCCGUGGCCGAGAAGCAACGGGACGGGCGAGGACGUCGCGGGGCUCGGCGCCUCCAAGAAGUUCGAGGGCUCGUCGGAGUUCGUGAAGCUGGAUUACCACAUGGGCCCCGUCCUCGCCGCCGCCAUCACCGUGCACCCCAUCUGGUACGGCCCGUGGCCCGUCGCGCAGAAGCGCACCAUCCGCGCCUUCCUCCGCUCCCUCUCGCCGUCACCCUCCGAGGAGAAGGCCAUCCUGUCUCCGUCCGUGGCCGCGUGGUGGCGCACGGUGCGUCUGUACACCGACCAGACCUCGGCGAACGUGUCGGCUGUGGUGACGCUCGGGCAGGAGAAGGCCGACGCGCGCAUGUCCCGCGGCGCGAGGCUGUCGCGGAUGGACAUCCAGUCCGUGGUCCGGGACGCAGUGACCGCGCGUACGCGGCCGCUCCCCGUGGACUCCGGCGGCGUGUACCUGGUGCUCACCUCUCCGGAGGUGCUGGUGGAGAACUUCUGCGGCACCGUGUGCGGCUUCCAUUACUUCACCUUCCCGUCCGUGGUGGGGUACACGCUCCCCUACGCGUGGGUCGGCAACUCGGCGCGGCGGUGCCCGGAGGUGUGCGCGUACCCGUUCGCCAUCCCGUCCUACGUGCCCGGGCGGAAGCCGGAGUCCCCGCCCAACGGCGACGUGGGCGUGGACGGCAUGGUGAGCGUCAUCGCGCACGAGCUCGCGGAGAUGGCGUCGAACCCGCUCGCCAACGCUUGGUACGCCGGCGGGGACCCGUCGUUCCCGACGGAGAUUGCGGACCUGUGCGAGGGGAUCUACGGGACCGGCGGCGGCGGGGCGUACACCGGGCAGCUGCUGACCGACGGGCGGUCCGGCGCGUCGUACAACGUGAACGGCGCCGGCGGGCGCAAGUUCCUGGUGCAGUGGGUGUGGAACCCCAUCGUCAGCUACUGCUCCGGCCCCAACGCGCUCGAUCAGUAGCAGGCUAGCAGCGCCGCGCUCACUGCGCUGAUAGUUAUCCACCGUCUAGUAGUGUUCCUCCAUGGAUUGGAUUUCCCGGGAAAUCCAUGAACGUUUUUUGUAUAGAAUUAAUCGAGUGAAGGAAGGUGGCGAGCAGAGCAGGGGUUGUCGGA